CUAGAUCAAGCCCCGCUCUCGACGUCUUGCGCUGCUGCGCUGCUGUACAACCUGUCCAGAAUCACUUCCGUUGCCGAGCCCGAGACGAAUGCUGGCGGACAUUUGGGCGAAGGCACUCUGCAGGGCAUCAAGCUCACUUCCCUUGAGACGCUACAUCUGAACGAAUGCAUGACUAUGACUGCCGAGAGUAGGGAGGCCUUGGCCAUUAUGACAGAGGGAGCGCAAAAGGGGUGGGGCAGAGCGAGAAAGGACUCGACGAUGACUAUUUAUACCAUGCUCGAUAACUUGAGGACGCCCAUCUCUCAUACACUGCUGAACAGGUGGUUUCUGUUCCCAUCGAUGAGCCUGACUAUUCUGUCGGCUCGCCACCAAGCUGUCGAAUGCUUGGCCUCCUCAGCCAGCAGCGCUGUAGCUAAUGCGCUCGUCUCUCACCUCAAGGGGAUCAAGAACAUUCCGCGCUUGGUCAAUACUCUGCAGCGAGGCGGCACACAGCUGUCGAUGUGGAAAGGUCUCUUCGCCUUUUGCGUCAAAACUUUGCACAUCCGUGCUUGCAUGGCCGAGUUAGACUCCGCAGAAGACGUUCCCAUAGUGAGGAAGAUCCUCGCCGAAUUUGACACCUCCCAACUGCAAAGCAUCGCCGAGUCCCUCGAUGCGACAAUCGACUGGGACCAAAGCGCAGCAGAGCGUCGAUUCAUCGUAAAGGCGCAAAUCGAUCCCCAGCUCGACAAGUGGCGAGAGCUCUACGCUGGUCUGCCCAGCUUGUUGCUCAACAUCGCCCAAAGCCUCAAAGCGAGUCUCGACUUUGAGCACUCUGGUCAAAUGAAUGUCGCCUACUUUCCUCAGCUUGGAUACUUGAUCGCCCUGCCCUUCAAUCAAGAGGUGACCACGCCAGAAGACAUGAACGUACCAGCCGACUGGACGUUCCACUUUGCCUCUGAGAUCAGCACGUACUGGAAGAGCCCACAAAUGUACGAUUUGGACGAGCACGUUGGGGACGUGCACUCGUUCAUCGCUGAUCGAGAGGUGGAGCUGAUCCACGACCUGUCUGUCAGUAUUGCAGAGCAGGGAGGCAUGCUGAUCCACAUUGCCGAGAUCUGCGCAGAGCUGGACGUCCUGCUGUCCUUCGCUCAGGCUGCCAAUAUCUACGGCUGGAUCCGACCUACGAUGACAGACACGGGCAUAUUGGACAUCAAAGGUGGACGUCACCCACUGCAAGAGCUUACCGUCGAGAACUUUCAGCCCAACGACACUCUUCUCUACAGUGGUUGCGGGGUUGGCUCUGAUGACAGUGUCGAAGGCCAGGCACCACGACGAUCUGUGGAGAUCUUGACGGGUGCUAAUGGCUGUGGAAAGUCAGUCUACCUGAAGCAAGUAGCUCUCAUUGUUUUUCUAUCCCAAAUCGGCAGCUUUGUCCCGGCUCAGUCCGCCACCAUUGGCGUAGUUGACCAGAUCCUCACACGAGUACAGACGCGCGACUCGGCCUCGAGAAUGCAGAGUUCCUUCAUGGCUGACCUGGGACAAGUAUCCCACGCCCUGCGCAACUGCACUUCUCGUUCUCUUAUCCUGCUCGAUGAGUUUGGGAAAGGUACGCUGAGCAAUGAUGGAGCUGCCCUCUUUUCCGCCACCAUACGCCACCUCUUGAAGCAGGGCACAGACUGCCCUCGUGUGCUCGCGACGACGCACUUUCACGAUGUCUUCAAGCGGGGAUGUCUCCCCCCGGAGCUUCCCUACAAGGCCUCGCACAUGCAGAUUUUCCUCGACGAGUCGCACCUCGAUGCAGCACAAGGCUCACCCAGCAGGCCCAGCACUGCCACCAGUUCAAUGAUGCCUUACGCCCUCCCAACCCAAGACAUCAAAGACUCGAUCACGUUCCUGUACCGUGUCGCCCCGGGCCAUGCUCAAGAGAGCCACGCAGCCUUCUGUGCUCGUGCGUGUGGGAUUCCAAGAGACGUAGUGGAGAGGGCGCAGUAUGUUACACAUCUUGCGGAAGAAGGCGAGCUGGACACCAAAGAGGUGCCGGAAGAUGCCAUGACUGUCCGUCGGGCCCAGGAGCUGCAGAGGAAGAUGAGGCGCUUCAUCGAGUGGGACAUUGAGGAGGACAUUCGAGUCUGGGAGCAGUGGGAAGAAGCAGGAGGGAAGGGCUCACCUCCACUGGACGUCCGAGGCAAGCUAGAGCGCAUCUCGGAGGGCAAGUAA